CCGCUCCCCCACACCGCGCGCACGCCCUCGCUCGCUCGCCUCGACCAAUCAGAAGAGGCCGCUGCUGCGCUCCCCCCGCCCCCCCCCGUUACCACGGUAACCGUUGCCCUGGUCGCGCGCCGCCGUUGCUAGAGACGCGGCGCUCACGACGAAGAUGGCGACGAUGGAUGAGGAGAUGGAGGAGGAGGUGGAGGAGGUGGGCGCGGGGUUCCUUGAGGUGAAAUGGACGCGGGGCUUCCCUGCCGACGGCUCCGUGGCCUUCGCGGACGCCGCCACGCUGUGCUACGCGAGCGGCGACUUCAUCAAAUUCGCUCCCUACCACGGCGCCGGCGGCGUAGACGACGACCCCACGGGGCCCGAGGCAGGGGGCCGCGAGCGUCACCUGCGGUGCCCCGGGGCCGGCGUGGCCGCCCUGGCCGUGAGCGCGCCGCAGGGCCUGCUGGCCUUCGCCGACAGGCCGCGGCCCGACCCCACCGUCCACGUCCUCACGCAGGCGGGCGGGGUUCGCCGGGCGCGGCUGCGCGGCGCGGCUCGCCUCGAGGUGUCGGCGCUGGCGCUGAGCGACGCGGGGCCCUACCUGGCCGCGUGGGCCGCGGCUCCCGACCUCUCGCUCUCGCUGUGGGACUGGCAGCAGGAGAAGCUGCUCUGCCGCUACCAGGCCGAGCAGCGGCGGUGGCCCCACGGGACGCACUUCCUCUCCGUCACGGCCCUGUCAUUCUGCCCGGGCGGAUGGCAGCAGCUGUGCACGGUCGGUGACGACCACGUGUGCGUGUGGAGCGUGGAGCGCAGCGACUCGGUGUACCGGCUCAGCCCGCGGAGGGCGCGGCUCCCCGCCGACGACGACGACGGCUCUCGCCCCGUCGACUCCGAUCCGCCGAGCGAACGCGGCGGCGGCGGUGGCCUCUUCGGGCCGCGGCUGCCGGCCUGGGCCCGUGCCGGCCUGGUGGGGCCCGCGACUCGCGACUUCGUGCCCGAGGCGGAGAGGCGAGCCGCGGCGCGGCCCGUGUCGCACUGCUGGGCGCGCGACGGGGACCGCCUCUUCGUGGGCUGCGCGGGGGGGCAGCUGCUGUGCGUGGAGGCGGACGCGGGCGGCUCGGCGGGCGCCGAGCUUGCGCCGCGGCCGGUGGCGCGCCUGGGGCCGGGCCGCGCCGCCGCGCUGGCCGCGAGCCGGGACGCGGUGUACGCGGGCGGCGCCGACGGGGCCCUGCGCCGCGUCCGCGUGGCCCGCGUGGCCGGCGACGCGAGCGUCGUCGACGAGUGCUGGGCGAGCGAGCGGCCCAUCCUCGGCCUGGCCUUCUCGCCCGACCUGCGGGCGCUGGCCAUCUCCACGGCCCGCGGCUCCGUGCAUGUCUACCGGCCUCCGGAGGCGACCCCCGCGGCGUCCGCCGGGGCGACCCCCGCGGCCGCCGCGGUGUCUGCCGCGGUGGACGCGGGCGGCGCGGCGCCGUUCGCGUGCGCGGCCGUGGCGGCCCCCGACGGCGCCGUGUGCGUCUCCGCGCGAGAGGACGGCGCCGUGCAGCUGUGGGCCGCCGCCUCGGGGCGCCUCCUGGGCGGACUGGCCCUGGGCGAGGCGCCGUGCGCGCUCGCGUGCCCCGCGUCGUCACGCUGCGCCGCGCUGGGCACCGCGUCGGGCCGCCUGUGCGUGGUGGACGCGCGCCGCCCGGAGCGGCCGCGCCUCGUCCUGCGGGAGAGGUUGACGCGGGCGCCGCUCGACGUCCUGCGCUGCGACGAGGCCGGGCGGCUGCUGGUGGCCGCGGCCUCGUCGGAGGGCCGCGCGUUCGUGGUGGACGCGAGGCCGUCGCGCCGCUUCGCCGUGCUCGGCUUCGUGGAGGAUGAAGAGGAGGAAGAGGAGGAGGCGACGCGGCGUCGCGUGCUGGACGCCAGCGUCGUGCGGAGCGGGGAGGACGCGCGGCUCCUCCUGCUGCUGGGCCACGAGGGGGCCGCUGGCGGCGACCGUCUGGCGGUGUUCCACCUCCCCGGAGCACUCGGGGGGGACAGCGCGAACCCUCGCGGCGACCUCAGCAAGGAGGCGACGCGGCCGCGGCGCUACGAGCUCGCGUUCCCGGCCACCGCGGCCGCGCUGGGCCGCGACGGCCGCUCGGUCUUCGUCUACUGUGGCCGCUCCCGCCUCGUCAAGGAGUUCGCCAUCGCGGAGGGGGCCGAGGGGGGGCUUGGAGAGGCGCGGGAGUCGGUGGGGCACGACCUGCCCGACGCGCGGCUCGUCCUGGCGGCUGGGGGCCGGCGUCUUUACUCGGCCUCCUCCGACGGCGUCGUCCGGGCGAGGGCCGUCGGGGGCUGGCGGCGCGGGGUGGCGCAGGCCGCGUGCCACUGCCCCGCGCUGGGCGGGGUCCGCUCCCUGGGCGUUUCGGCCGACGGGAGGACGGUGGUGACCGCCGGGUGGCGGGACGAUGGCGCGCUCGUCUGCCUCGCGUGGAGAGGAGAGCGCGGCGAGGAGGCGGCGCCGGCGCCGGGGAGCCGCGACUGCGCCGAGGAGGACGCUCACCUCGCCUCCGCGGCGGAGCGUGAGCCCCGGCCUGCGUCCCCAGGCGACCGGGCGGCGGGCAAGGAGAAGGCGGACGACGGCAGCGACGAGGCGCACGCGGAGACGCGCCGCGAGCUCCGCGAACGCGCCGCCGAGCUGCGCCGCGAGCUGCGGGAGCUCGCGGCCGAGAACGAGGCGGCGCCCGAGUGCGAGCGCCUGCCGGCCGCCGACUUCCUGCUGGACGUGGAGGCGAUCGGGCGGCUGCGCGAAGACGGGACGCGCGCCGUCGAGGCGCUGCGCGACGCGAUCCGGCGCGAGAACGCCGCCAACGCCGAGCGCCGCGAUGCCCUCCGACGGCAGUGCUGGGACGCCAUGGCCACGAAGGGCCGCUGCCUGCGCGCCUUCCUGUCGGGCGUCGAGGUGUGGAACUUCCCCGUGCCGGAGCGCGGCCCCGACGAGCUGCGGGAGCUGGAGAGGGUGAAGCUCCUGCGGGAGGUGGAGAUGGCGGACCGCCGGAUCCGCAGGGAGCUUCUGGAAGGGCGCGGCGCCGGCACGGACGGGCGCGGGGGGACGGAGGAAGAGGAGCGGGACGAGGAAGACGGUGGUGACGGCGAGGAGGAGGACGAGGAGGAGGAGGAGGACAUCGUGGGCACCCUGAGCGAGGAGCUGGGCGUCAGCUGCCCCUACCUGUACCGCCAGCUGGAGCUGCACUCGCGGGAGCAGCGCGUGAACCAGACGGUGCUGCUCCGGGACGUGGCGCGGCGGCUCCGCGUCGCCUUCAACGCCGACUUCGACUCGGCGCGCCGGCACAAGGAGCAGGAGGCGGCGCGGGCGCGAGACGCCGGGGAGCGCGUCGCCGACCUCCUCGCCGACCUGGCCUCGAUCGGCGCCGCCGCCGUCGCGACGCCGACGAUGCCGACGCUGAGCCCGAGCCGGGACGAGGAGCCCGAGCGAGCGCUGGCGGUGGACGACGCGGAGGUGACGGCGGAGCGCUUCCUCGCCGACGAGCAGAGGGCCGCCGCGGAGGAGCGCGCGCGGGAGGAGGAGCGGGCGCGGCUCGCGGAGCGAGGGGGGGGCGGCGCCGGCGGCACCCGCUCCCGCGCGCUGCGGGACAUGAUGGGCGGGGAGCUGGAGGUCAGGCGCGACGGCGCCGCGGCGCUCCGGCCCCUUCCGCAGCCGCCCGCGUUCGCGAGCCGCCCCGAGUCGGAGUGGACCGAGGAGGAGCGGCGGCAGGCGCGCGACUUCGAGAGGGAAAGCCGCGAGGUGGCCGAGGAGCGCGAGCGCCUCCGCAGGGCGCUCGAGGCCGAGGUCGCCAAGACGCGGGCGGCCGUCCUGGACGGCUGCCGGGCCUUCGACGAGUCUCUGGCGCGACUCGCCGAGCGCAGGGCCCGCACGGAGGCCGCGGUGUGCCAGGAGGAGCUGCGCCUCGCCCUGCUGGGCGCCGCGCUGCUGUUCGAGGAGGAGCUGGAUACGUACCAGCAGGAGCUGCGCCGGCGCCUGGAGGAGAACGCGGCGGCGCGCGAAGAGAGCGACCGGGAGCUGCGCGAGGCGACGGCGCGCGCCGACGCCCUGCGCGAGUCCUACGACGACCUCUGCGCCGAGGACAAGCUGCUGGAGCGCGCCUUCAAGAGGGACCUCGCCGAGAUGGCGCAGGGACCCGCGGCGGACGCCCUCGCCCGCCUCUACAAGCGCCGGCCGCGGGCCCAGAAGCUGCGCGCGCAAACCGACGCGGCGGAGGCCGACGGGGAGGGCGACCGGGACGAGCCGGACCCGGCGACGGAGAACGUCCCCGAGGGCGUGGAGCCGCCGGCGUGGGAGCGCUUCUGCCGGGCGCGGGGCCUCAAGGCGCGCGGCGAGCUGGCACUGCGCCGCAGGGCGCUCGCCGCGGCCGAGGCGGACGCGUUCGCUCGGCGGAUCGCCGACGAGCGCGAGGAGCUGCGGGCCGAGGCGGAGCGGCUGGCGGCGGGGCUGGACGAGGCGCGCGAGGAGGCGGCGCGCCAGCAGCUCGACGCGACGCUGCUCGUGCUGCUCAAGCAGGGCCAGGUGGAGGUGGACGACGAGGCACCGGUGCCCGAUUACUCGGACGCGCGGCUCGUUCCCCGGGACGCGGUCGAGGCGCUCAACGCGACGAUCCGGGCGGCGUGCGAGCGCAAGGUGGCGAGCAUGGAGAGCGGCAGGGAGGCGCGCCGCGCCAUCGCGCGCCUCCAGUGGGAGUGCCGGAAGCUGUCCCUGCGGGCGGACGAGCUGCGGGAGCUCGCGCGGGACGUCCGGACGGCGCGGGUGUCGCGCGAGCUGCUGGCGAACGCCGGCGGCGGCGGCGGCGAGGACCGCGCCUCGCGCCACGCGGCCGCCGCCGAGAAGAACCUCGCCGCCCGGCUGGAGGCGCGCGAGCGCGAGGAGCGGCGGCUCGAGCGGCGCACCGAGGCGCUGCUCGCCGAGGCGGCGCGGCGCCGGCGUGAGAACGCGUCGCUGGACGCGCGGCUGCCGGGGCUGCGUGCGUCCGUGUCGGAGCGGGGGCGCGCGAGCGAGGCGGCGGCGGCGACGGCGCCGGCGGCGGAGGAGGAGGAGGAGGCGGCGGCGCGGAGGCGUCACGAGCGAGUGGCGCGGGAGAGGCGCGCGGCGGAGGCGGCGCGGGAGCAGGCGCGGGAGAUCGCGGCGCUCCGGGUGGAGCUGGAGAGGAUGCGCAUGAGGUCCUUCCCCGCGCUCGUGCCCGCGGACCGCUGACCGCCCGAGUCGCCCAUCGAUGCUCGGGUCUAGGACGCAACGUAACGGUUCGGCUAAGAUUCUCGUUGUUUAUUGUGACCCCCCCCCGUCCCCUGCGGCCACCCGACGCAGCCAAACAAAUUAAAGCGUCGCGUGUUAUUCAAACGCCGGCUCACUCGCCGGUAAAUUGCCGAGCAAUUCUCACGGCCCAAGUGUGGCGGCGGUCCGACGUUUCACUCGAAACCACAUCGACGUCGUCAGGACAAGGUCCAGGAAGUCAGAAUAUAAAUCCUGCAAGUCAGAGUUAAUAUUGGCAGCGAACAAAAAAAAACAUACGUGUUGAAUUAACAUCAUCACCAUGUUCUUGGUUCUUUCGGUAAAGUCACGUGUAUAUUUGUAUUAUUUUAUUGCUUCCCUUCUACGUGACUUUACCGAAAGAACCAAGAAUAUGAAUCCCUGCAGUCACGAAAGCUUUAAAUCAAAAAUCAUCACCAUGGUCAUCAUCUUUUUGUUCUGCCUAGAUGAAGACUUUCUCGAUGUAUGACCUCGUGGUAUUAUCUAUUUUUGAAUGUACUCACACUCAUCAUCAUCAUCGUCAUCAUCCCCUGUUGCAUCCGGUUUAGAAUUAUCUUCACAUAUCAACACUCUGAUUCAUUCAUACCUUGAGUCAAUCUGAUUCAUCCAUCCGUCAUUCUGCGUGCAAUUCAACAGCUAAAAAUCAUGCAAAAAUCAGCAAGUUAUAGCCCCUUUUCAACAUUUAAAGAGGGCACGACCCGUCCUAUCAGGCUCGACAACCACCUCUUCACCGCCUUCUGAGAGUUGAAAUGCAAACGUACAUCGAGUCAAUACAUCGGAGAGUGCGCGACUCCCUUUUUGGACAAUGGCGAGAGAGAUGGUGGGGAUUGCAGAGGCCGUUCCACCAUCAAUUGCGGUGGACGGGCAACAGUUGCAGACACGGCAGUGGCAGCGAGGGACGGCGGUCAAAGGCGCUGCCAAAGAUUGCGUUCUAAAUAAAUGGCGAAUGUGACAAACAUCCCCUCUUUAAAAAAAAAUGUCCUUGAGACGAAUUCGAGGAGGCUUUUGCUCGGAAAAGAAUCAUUAACCAAACACGUCGGGGUCUCUCUGCUCACAUGAGCUUUGGGGUCCCGCUCACCUUCCACUGGCAGUGCUGGAAAUUCCACUUUCCCAUGGCUGAGGCAUUCCCUCUAUCCCACAGUCUGUAGAAUGACGACGAAUGACUUCAAAGUGAUGUUACUCAAUUUAUCCACCACAGGGAUGAUGGCGAUGAUGACAUCGGUUGACCCCUGACCGUAAUUUGAAAAAGCCGCGGUGACAUACAGCCGGACUUCUGUUGUUGUUGUUGCUGCCGCUGCUGUUGUUGUUGCUGCUGCUGUUGUUGUUGCUGCUGUUGUUGUUGCUCAGCGGGCGUCGCUAUCGAGUGUUCAUGCGGUGCAACUGCACCGGGUCCCACGGGGCUGGAGCGGCCCAGGGUGCCGGGCGCCCAAGAGGAACGGGACGUGGGGCCCCAUUUCAUUCCUUGCACCAGGGCCCUUGCCGACCACACUGCGGCGCUGUUGCAUUGUUGUUGCUGUUGCAUUGUAUUGUUGUUUUAUAAGGUCGCACUCAUUACGCACACAAAGUGCUUCCCACAAAUGAGCCACAAUACCUUGCUGAUCUUGUCA